UCAUAAGGAGUAGACUGCAACAUGCCUCGGCGGACCGUGCAAGAAGUAACAGUUGAAGACGUGCAAAAGCGAAGAACUCCGAGUAAACAUUAUGUAUACAUUAUCAAAGUAUCCUGGUCCGAUGGAAGUACGGAGGUCAUUUUCAGACGCUACAGUAAAUUCUUCGACCUUCAGAUGGAGCUGCUGGAUAAGUUCCCGGUGGAAGGUGGCCAAAAGGACCCUAAACGUAGAAUCAUCCCUUUUUUACCAGGGAAGAUUCUGUUCCGGAGGAGUCAUAUCAGGGAUGUGGCGAUGAAGCGUCUUCGGCCCAUUAACGAGUACUGCAGGGCUUUGAUCCAGCUGCCGGUCUACAUUUCUCAGUGUGAAGAGGUCCGUUUGUUCUUCGAAACACGCCCAGAGGAUUUGAACCCACCCAAAGAGGAACCCAUUGGAAAGAAGAAAUCAGGCAUUGUGGAGAGAGCGACUUCUUUCCUAAAGAGAGGAGGAGACUCCACCUCGGCCGACCCGCUGCUCCUGGAUCAGUACGUGGCUGUAACGGACUAUGAGAAACAGGAAGGCUCUGAGAUAAGCCUGCGUGUGGGUCAGGUGGUGGAGGUCAUUGAAAAGAACGAGUCUGGUUGGUGGUUUGUGAGUUCAGAGGAUGCCCAGGGUUGGGUGCCUGCCACCUGCCUGGAAACUCAGGAUGAUCCUGAUGACUUUACCCUGCCUGGGGAGGAAGAGGAAAAGUACACAGUGAUCUAUCCCUACGCUGCACGUGACCAGGAUGAGAUAGACCUGGAGAAAGGGAUGGUCGUGGAGGUCAUCCAGAAAAAUCUAGAAGGCUGGUGGAAGAUCAGGUACCAUGGAAAAGAGGGCUGGGCCCCUGCCUCGUACUUGAAGAAGGCCGACAUCCUGUCCCAAAAACUGGCCGCUGGAGCUGCAGCCCAUGCCAGCACCAAUGACCUGGAUGCCACUAAAUCCCAGAAUGCCACCAAAGACAGCCAGAGAGAGCGACUCACACCAUUCUCUGAAAGCAAGCGCAAAGGCGGAGCAAGACAAAGACCUCCACCACGCAGAGAUCUCACCAUCCCUCGUGGGGUGAACUUGCCUAAACCACCGGUGCCACCUCAGGUAGAGGAGGAGUAUUACACCAUUGCAGACUUCCAGACCACCAUUCCCGAUGGAAUCAGCUUUCAGGCCGGGAUCAAAGUUGAGGUGAUUGAGAAGAACUCUGGAGGUUGGUGGUACAUUCAGAUCGAAGAAAAAGAAGGCUGGGCACCUGCCACAUUUAUAGACAAAUACAAAAAAACCAGCAACGCGUCUCGCCCCAACUUCUUGGCCCCUUUGCCCGGAGAGAUGGCCCAGCUGAAGUUAGAGGAUAGUUGCAGUAACACCAACAGCAGCGAUGACAACUGGUCCAAACCGCUUCCAGACGAGCCUUCCUCUACUGCAGAUUUCGCUAGCCGCCCCAAACUGAGGGACUGGAAGUCUGGUGCUGUCAAAAGCAGCUCUCCUUUCUCUGGGCCUCUACCACCUCCACCUACUGCACCUCCUUCUGAGGAGAAACCUGCCCUACCACCCAGGAGAGAAUCUAUCAACAAGAGCUUGGAAUCAGAGGAUAAAUCUAGAGUAGAUCCGGCCAAGCCUUUGCCGCCCAAACCCCCUGCUCCGGGGGUAAUCAUGCCUCUAGUGGGUCCAAAAGCAGCCCCCUUCAAACCAGACAAGCCUCCAGAGCCAAAAAAGGACGAGAAGAAUAAGCCGUUGCACUUGCGUAAUGAGAUGGGUCUGGAAUGUGGACACAAGGUCUCUGCCAAAGAGGUGAAGAAGUUUAACCUGAAACCAGUGGCCAAGCAGCCGCCAAAGCCCAAGUCAGAGUCAGCGGAGGAGAAGUCAGAUGCGUCAAACCCAGUCCCCUUCCUCAAGCCCAAGCCUGUCCUCAGACCCAAGCCAGCCCCGGCGGCCAAACCGGACAGUCCGUCGGAGAACAAGCUGGACAUCACCAACCUUAGGAGCAAAUUACGACCGCCCAGACCGGCGGAACCUGGCUCUAGCGCCAACGAGGUCAGCCAGCAGAACGGCACCGCUCCCGGCUCUCCCAGCGAGGAACCAAAAUGUCCUCUAAAGCAGCAAAACGGCCACGGGCACGAGUUAGCGGAAGCACCUAAACCUGCUGCACCCAGCGGUAAAGAGCCACCACAAAGACCCAGUAUGGCUCCCAGGAGACCACCUCCACCAAAGAAGAGCUCAGAGCCAGCCAGCCCCACAGAGGUCAAAGCCCCACAGAAAGACUUUCAGGAGGCCAAACCUGCCGCCCCUCCUCAGAGCAGGCCUCCUCCACCCAAACCGAAGGCUUUCGCCCCACCUCCCACCAAAGAUAUGGAGAAGGACAAGGACAAGGAGAAGGAGGAUACUAAGGCCAAAGUACCCGUGCCUCCAAAACCGCUGAUGAAGUCAGAAAAACCAGGACCUCCGAAGGACAAACUUCCUCCUCUCAUCAAGGAUCCAGCCAAAGAGGAUCUGUUCCUGGCCGUGGCGGACUUUGAGGGUGACGAGCAGACGCCCGGCUUUAAAGAGGGCACGGUGUUCGAGGUGGUGGAAAAAAACACCUCCGGCUGGUGGUUCUGUAAAAACGUGAGCGACGGGCCGUUAACGGAGGGCUGGAUCCCUUCCAAUUACCUGACCAAGAAACACUAGGUACUUCCAACGUAGGAUCUGUUUCUAUUUAAUUAACCAGUUUUAUUUAUAGGUACCUUUCUAUUGAUAACUCAUUACAUUCUAUUUUCAAGUCUUUCAAGUUCAGGCAUGUAAAC